CUCUCUCGAUGGUGAUAAUUUGGUAGGGAAGAACAAAGGGCACCACAACAGAAUCCACAUAGCGGGGAAGUCAUAUAAAUAUUCAGAGUGUGGAGAGAACACACGUCAGAGCUCCCAGUCCACCUCCCAUCAAAGAAAGAGCAUGCGAUGGAAUAGCCUCACUUCACACGAAAGAACACAGAGUAGGGAGAAACUGUAUCAGUGCAGAGAAUGUGGAAAGAGCUUCAGUCGGAAGGAAUAUCUCACUUCCCAUAAAAGAGUUCAUACAGGGGAGAAACCAUAUCCAUGCCUGGAAUGUGGAAAGAGCUUCAGUCACCGCCAGAAUCUCACUUCCCAUCAAAGAAUUCAUGCAGGGAAUAAACCAUAUCAGUGCUCAGAAUGUGGGAAGAGCUUCAGUCGGAAGGGUCAUCUCACUUCCCAUCACAGAAUUCAUACAGGGGAGAAACCCUAUCAGUGCACAGAAUGUGGGAAGAGCUUCAGUCAAAGGGCCAAUCUCACGACCCAUCAAAGAAUUCAUACAGGGGAUAAACCCUUUCACUGCUUGGAAUGUGGAAAGAGCUUUCGUCUGAGUGGUGAUCUCACUUCCCAUCAAAGAAUUCAUACAGGGGUGAAACCCUAUCAGUGCUUUGAAUGUGGAAAAAGCUUCAGUAUAAGCGCCAAUCUCAAUUCUCAUCAAAUAAUUCAUACAGGGGAGAAACCACAUCACUGCUUGGAAUGUGGAAAGGUCUUCGGUCGGAAGGAAAGUCUUACUUCCCAUCAAAGAAUACAUACAGGGGAGAAACCCUAUCGGUGCUCAGAAUGUGGAAAAAGCUUCAGUCAUAGCGCCUAUCUCACUUCUCAUCAAAGAAUUCAUACAGGGGAGAAACCGUAUCACUGCUUAAAAUGUGGAAAGAGCUUUCGUCUGAGUGCUGAUCUCACUUCCCAUCAAAGAAUUCAUACAGGGGAGAAACCAUAUCGAUGCCUGGAAUGUGGAAAGAGCUUUAGUUUCAGGCACAGUCUCAAUUCCCAUCGAAGAAUUCAUACAGGGGAGAAACCCUAUCGGUGCUUGGAAUGUGGAAAAAGCUUCAGUCGGAAGAAUAUUCUCACUUGCCAUCAAAGAAUUCAUACAGGGGGGAAACCGUAUCACUGCUUUGAAUGUGGAAAGAGCUUCACUCAAAAGACAAAUCUCACUGCCCAUCGAAGAAUGCAUACAGGGGAACAACCCUAUCGGUGCUUGGACUGUGGAAAGAGUUUCAGUCAAGGGAACAAUCUCACGACCCAUCAAAGAAUUCAUACAGGAGAUAAACCCUAUAAGUGCUUGGAGUGUGGAAAGAGCUUCAGUCAGAGGAGCAAUCUCACUUCCCAUCAUAAAAUUCAUUCUGGGGAGAAACCCUUUCAAUGCAGAGAAUGUGGGAAGAGCUUCAGUCACAGGCUGAGUCACACUUUGCAUCAAAGAAUUCAUACAGGGGAGAAACCCUAUCAUUGUUUGGAAUGUGGAAAGAGCUUCAAUCGGAAGGAUCACCUCACUUCCCAUCAAAGAACUCAUACAGGUGACAAACCCUAUCAGUGCUUUGAAUGUGGAAAGAGCUUUCGUCUGAGUGGUGAUCUCACUUCCCAUCAAAGAAUUCAUACAGGGGAAAAACCGUAUCACUGCUUGGAAUGUGGAAAGAGCUUUCGUCUGGGUGGUGAUCUCACUUCCCAUCAAAGAAUUCAUACAGGGGAGAAACCAUAUCGAUGCCUGGAAUGUGGAAAGAGCUUUAGUCUCAGGCACAGUCUCACUUCGCAUCAAAGAAUUCAUACAGGGGAGAAACCGUAUCACUGCUUUGAAUGUGGAAAGAGCUUCAGUCAAAGGACGACUUUGGCUUCCCAUCAAAGAAUUCAUACAGGAGGGAAACCAUAUCACUGCUUUGAAUGUGGAAAGAGUUUCAGUCAAAGUACGACUUUUGCUUCCCAUCACAGAAUUCAUACAGGGGAGAAACCCUAUCAGUGCUUGGAAUGUGGAAAGAGCUUCAGUCAGAGGCUGAGUCUCACUUUGCAUCAAAGAAUUCAUACAGGGGUGAAACCCUAUCAGUGCUUGGAAUGUGGAAAGAGCUUCAGUUACAGUGGGAAUCUCACUUCCCAUCAAAGAGUUCAUACAGGGGAGAAACCCUAUCAGUGCUCAGAAUGUGAAAAGAGCUUCAGUGUGAGGGCGAAUCUCACUUCCCAUCAAAGAAUUCAUACAGGGGUUAAACCCUAUCAGUGCUUGGAAUGUGGAAAGAGCUUCAAUCGGAAGGGUCACCUCACUUCCCAUCAAAGAGUUCAUACAGGGGACAAACCCUAUCAGUGCUCAGAAUGUGGGAAGAGCUUCAGUCAGUAUGUGAAUCUCACUUCUCAUCAAAGAAUUCAUACAGGGGAGAAACCCUUUCACUGCUUGGAAUGUGGAAAGAGCUUUCGUCUGAGUGGUGAUCUCACUUCCCAUCAAAGAAUUCAUACAGGGGAGAAACCCUACCAGUGCUUCGAAUGUGGAAAAAGCUUCAGUAAAAGCAUCAAUCUCACUUCUCAUCAAAGAAUUCAUACAGGGGAGAAACCCUAUCACUGCUUGGAAUGUGGAAAGAGUUUCAGUCACAGGCAGAGUCUCAAUCUCUCUUCCCAUCAAAAAAUUCAUACAGGGGAGAAACCCUAUCAGUGCUUCGAAUGUGGGAAAAGCUUCCGUCAAAGCAGCCAUCUCACUUUUCAUCAAAGAAUUCAUACAGGGGAGAAACCCUAUCAGUGCUUGGAAUGUGGAAAGAGCUUCAGUCGGAAGGAUAGUCUCACUUCCCAUCAAAGAAUUCAUACAAGAGAGAAAACAUCUUAGUGCUUGGAAUGUGGGAUAAGAUUCAGUCAUGGCCUACCAAAUAAUUCAUACAGGGUUGAAAGCAUAUCAGCACAUGGAAUGUGUAUAAAAUUUCACUUGUAAAAAAAGUCAAUGUAAGAUCUCACAGCAGGAUGAAUUAUAGAAUUCCAACCCCCUCCAGAAAUCUCAUUUCAAGCAUCCAUGACAGAUUGCCAUCCAACUUGUUCUUAAAACCCCCCAAUGAAGGUCCACCCCCUUCUGCGAGAGUUCCUUUUCACUGUCAGCUCUUACUAUCAAAAAGAAAAUAUUAAAAAAAGACUUUGGAGAAGACUUCUUGGUCAUGGUGGCUA